GUAACACCGUACAAAGGCCGAUUGCGAACGCGUAGUGCGUGUGACAAGUUUUCUCAUCUUUUCUUCGCCUUCCAGAUUUCCAGACAACAUACAGCUAUCAACGAUAUUUUGAGUUAUAUUAUCUUGUACUGUUUAACAUCGAGCUUGAAUACUAUUCUACCAGAAGCGGUACAUUUUUGGGAACGGGCUCUUAUGGUUCGUGAAACGAAGGGCAUUAUUAGAUUAAGCAGGAAAUGUGAAAGUAGCCAAGUCUUCGUCAAAGAUCAUCAUACACAUUGUAUAAAUAACUGUCGCUCUAUUACUAUGUGUGGUGAUGUCGUGGUUCCUGAAAAUCAUCUUGACGUUUGCAGAACGUGUAACGCAACAGGACAUGACUGUAGAAUAGCAGAAGGAAGUAAGGCCGGUCCAGGAAUAGACGGUGCUGAUUUUGUCUUUUAUGUGUCUGCAAUGCAAACCAAAAGAUGUCAUAAAGGAUUAACCGUAGCUUAUGCAGCACAUUGUCAACAAGAAGAAGCGUUAGAUCGGCCCAUUGCAGGACAUGCCAAUUUGUGUCCUAAAAGUAUUACGACGAAACCACAAGAAUUGGAAACUCUUCUAAGUACUGUAAAACACGAGAUAUUACACGCUUUGGGAUUUUCUGCAAGUUUAUACGCUUUUUAUCGAGAUGAAAAUGGUGAACCUAGAACACCAAGAAGAAGUGACACCGGAAAACCGUUAUUGAACGAAAAGUUACAAACACAUCAGUGGAGUGAAAAUACUAUCAAAACUGUGGUCAGAUCAUACUGGCAAGUGCAUGAUGGCUACGUAGAAAGAACUAUGCAAAUAAUAGUUACCCCUAAAGUUCGUGCUGAGGUUAGAGCUCACUUCAAUUGCCCGGAAUUAGAAGGUGCAGAGUUGGAGGAUCAGGGGGAAGAUGGUACAGCAUUAACGCAUUGGGAAAAACGAGUAUUUGAGAAUGAAGCAAUGACGGGGACACAUACGCAAAAUCCAGUUUAUUCGAGAAUAACCCUCGCACUUAUGGAAGACACUGGAUGGUAUAGCGCAAAUUAUUCAAUGGCUCAGGAACUUGGAUGGGGCAAAAACCUUGGUUGCGAUUUUGCAAUGAAAUCCUGUAAGGAAUGGAUAUCUUUGAAAUCAUCUAGAUUAUCAGGGAAGUCUAUUCAUCCAUUCUGCAAUAAAGUAAAGCAGGAUCCAUUGCAGACAGAAUGUACUGACGAUCGAAAUUCGGUGGCAUUGUGCAAUUUAAUUAAAUAUUCACAACCAUUGCCCAAAAAGUAUCAGAAUUUUGAUUCAAUUCCUCACGUAUCAGCUGGAGAAGAACAGUACUAUGGUGGCUCGGUAUCUCUAGCAGAUUAUUGUCCGUAUAUACAAGAAUUUACAUGGAGAGCUCGAAAUAUUAUAGUUAGAGGUUCCCAUUGUCUAUAUGAAGAAAACAAUCCUCAUCCAGACAAGAAUUUUGCUUUAGAAAAAUAUGGACCACAUUCACGAUGCUUCGAUCAUACAAAUCAAAUGUGGGAAGAAAGAACCUGCAAGCAAGCUCGACAGUGGCAACAUUGGGGUUCUGGUUGUUAUCAAUACAAAUGUGAAGCUGGAAGAUUACAUAUUAUGGUUGCGAAUUACACUUAUACCUGUUAUCAUGCAGGUCAAGAAAUCGCUAUUAGAAUAAUGCAAAAUAGUUGGCUUCAUAAAGGUGCUCUAAUUUGUCCUCCAUGUCGAGAUAUUUGUCAGGUGGAACUAAGAGAAAAACACGACCAUUGCAAGCCAGGAGAUGAACACCCACCUGCAACCUAUUAUCAUAGAGACAAUUUAUAUUGUGCAUCUGCAGGAACAUUUAAAAAUUGGUCGGCAUUUAUUAUUUUAAUUUGCUUUCUGAUUCCUAGAUGAUACGUAGUUGAAUAUAGGUGAUUCAUUUAUUAAUGUUUAGAUUACAUAACUUAAUAAAUUAUGAAAUAAUUUCUUCUACUGUAAGAACUGAUGUUCACUGUAUUCACGCUUUGAAUUUAUGUUAAGCACAUUUAUAAAUAACUUUAUAUAAUUAGAAUAAUAAUUUUGAUAAGGUAUUUGUUAAGUGCCAAUAGUAGUAAGUACAGGGUAUUUUAUCUAAAUUUAUUUUAAUCUUGUGAAUAAUUUCUAUUGUUAUUAAAUAAAAAUCGUUUGAAAAAAUAGGUUCUUUGGUUUUAGAAAACAGAUAGUGUAACAAUAAAAAUUUGUGAAGGUCAUUACAUCAAAAUUUUAAAAAUAUCAAAUUUUUCUAAUUUUAGGUAUUAUAAAAAGUUUAAGAGAUUGCUCUUCGAAAAAAUGAGAGUGCCGUUACCUGAACAUAUUACUAUAGUACUAUUUACGAAAAACAAAAUAACGACUGAUGCUAGUUGUCCAACUGUACUGGGCGUUUCAAUGGGUACUAAUGAAAUUUAUUUAGAAAUAACUUUUAAAAGAGACGGCUAAGUGGGCUGAAAAUUUUAGAGAUUAGACUUCUUUAAGUAGGCAGUUAAUGACUUAUAUUUUCCAAAUGUCUACUGUCAAGGAAAAUGAUGUAGCGCAUUCGUUGCUCAAAGUUACCAAUAAUUUUAUUUACGAAUGGUGUUGGAAUUCCUCUUAUUAUGUAAAUUAUCGCUUUUUUUAGCCCCUCCAGUAUUUUAGGACAAUUCUGAUCAACUUUUUCUUUCGCAUAGCUUCAUGAAGUAGUCAGGGCUAUAGAAUGGCCAAGCAAUUUCGUUACCAAAUCAGCUGAGAAAGAUUUUGACAAUGACGCGAUCACCAUAAUGAAAGCGUACAAGAUCCAGAACAUCAUUUGUUAUGUGUGGUGGUGCACCAUCUUGUUGAAAGUAGUAAUUUUCUACCCAGUUCUUAUGGUAAGCAUCUGACAUUAAACGAUUAAUCAGCACGUUCCAAUAUUGUUCCGAGUUGACAGUUUGCUCGAAAGAAUACAACCCAAGGAUUCCAUCGCUCCAGAAACCGCAACAAACUGGUAAUUUUCUUGGGGCGAAGAGGACAAAUAACAGCAAAUUCUGGCUUUUGUGUAUCUUAGAAUCGAUAGUUUUAUCCAUUUACAUAAUCAUUAAUCAAAAGUAAGCUUCAUCCGAAACCUUAAUCGGUCAUAUUACACAUAACGUUCGCAAAUUUGUAUCUUUUUUGUAUUGCUUGUUCAUCUAAAGGCUAAACAGCUUGAAUCUUAUACCUAUGAAUGAACAUCCAAAUCUUCCCUUCAUAUGCUCCAAGUAGUGGCAGUGUUAACGUUAAGUUGUUAAGGGGUUAGGAUACUUUGUAAUUUCGAAAAAAUCGAUUCCUUUUUUUUGCCUUAAAUAAUAGUUUGAAGCCUUAAGAACAUUAUGCAAAAGGCCCAGUUUCGAAACAAUUUUUUUUACUGGAAAUUCAGAGCCCAAAGCGGUGGCGUGUACCUGCGUUCUACGCGCUGGAGCCUACUUUGAACGCGUUUUUCUCGAAACUACGUUUUGCAAAACGGUGUGCAGGAUUGCUCUAGUUCUAAUGAAUCAAUUGCUUUGAAUCUUUACAGUUACCUUUGCUAUUACAUUUACUAGGGAUUGACGAUCCGUUUUUCUUUUAAUUUUCUAACAAUUCUGCAAAAUAUAAGCAACAACAACUCAUUUUUCGUCGAAAUUUGAUCUUCAAACUUCAAACAUCUGCCAUAUUGUUCAUCUUUACAAAAUUUGAAAUGUCUCAUCGUCAAUCCCUAGCAAUUUUAUCAUAGUUAAUAAAAUAUUUCGGUUUUUGUUGCCGGUAACAGCCAUUUUGUUGCAAUCUUGCACACCAGAUGGGUAUCGAAGAAAAAACAAGCUUGGAAGCUUGACAGUUUGCCACCUUAAAAAUAAACAUUUUUUAAACGUUGUCCACAGUAUUUUUCACCCAAUAUUAUACCUAGUUAUAGUACAAAGUUUUAAGAUAAUCGAUGGUUUAAUUUUUCGUUUAUCGCCACUUAAAAAUCGUCUUGUUUUCCGUACCGACAAAGUAUCCUAACCGCCUAAGCCAAUUAAUUGGUCGAUGUUUUUGGCUUUUUCUCUAAAAUCUUUUGAGCCCAUUCGGUAUUUUCAGUAGUCCGAGCUGAUCUUUGUUUUGUCCUGAUUCCAAUCUUAUCAUCAGCUACAGAACCAAGUCUUUCAAAUUUUUCGAGAAAAAUCUUUACAGUGUCUGUUGCUAGCUUACCUAUGGUUUUGAACGCACUACUUCACCUCCUAAAAUAAACUGUAACAAUUUCAUCAUAGAGAUGAAAAAUCUUCACUAAAAAAUACGCUUCUCAAUCAAAUAACAUUCCAUGUUCAUUAAAUUUCAAAUUAUUGCGAUGCAUUUCUAAAACUUAUGUGCAAUUUUCCUUAAGUCUGCAGAUAAUGCACAUAUAGUCUCAAAUAGGUGACGUGUUUCCUUGAACUGUUGUUCCUGUUCGACUGUUUGUAUGGCACGGAUUUUUGUAAAUGUCCGAUCGAAAAAUGUCAGGCGGUGUGAUCGCGCCUCUGCUUUGUAUCAGAAUGCAUUAUGUGAUACGAUAACUCUGCCAUUUAAUUUUACAUUUCUAUUAAUUAUCUAAUUAUUUGCAUUCUAAGAUAGCAAGCUUUCAAAGUUACUUGGCACUUUUAUACGAUUAAAGUCUAUCAGUACCCAUUAAAACACCCUGUACAUAUGUGAGUGUGUUAGAUGCGUGACUGACAAUGAAAAGCAUUGUCCUUUGCCGUGUUAUAGCUUCUACGAUACAAGUAUCUCUCGAGUUUUGUAUAAUAUACAUAUAGUUUUACAAACACACCUAAAGGAAAGAAAAAGUGAUACAAAAUCAAUGGUACACCUGAAAUUAAAUCAAAUCAAGCUUUCCUACGAAAAAAUUCUUCACUAAAUCUGACACUUGACAGUUUCAAAACAUUAUGCCUAAUUCACAAAAUGUAUUUUAGUAUCUUAUAAUAAAGAAGAUUUUCCCAAGUAAAUCGUUCUUCAUAAAAACAAGCUGAUUCGAUUGAUAACAAGUGAAAUCAAUAAUGAACUCGUUUUGAAACUCGGUUGUAAAGUAAUUAAUAUGUAUCAUAUUUAUAAGCUUUUUCGACGCCAGAGGAACUGAAGUUGGUUCCUUCUUCGCAAGAAGGGGUCUAUUGUUCUGAACUAGGGGAAGCCUGAUUUGAUCGUGUGGCCAUACCUUACAAUUCUCAUAACAGUCUCCUUGUCACACUUAUGAAUACAAGUGAGAAGACUGUCCUUUCCUAUUUCUGUUAAAUGUCACUGUAAGCUGGCGCUAUAUACAGGGUGCCCCAAAAUUAGAUCGAAUCCCGUGGAGAGAGAAUUGCUGAAGUAAUUCCAAACAACAUUUUCCUUUGCCAAAAUGUUGGUUAAGGCUUCGUUUUCGG